GUUUCGUUUGUUGAUAUUUUUUCAUACACGUGCGUUUUAAUAAAAAUAAAAUUUACUCGAAUUGAGAAUAAUUUGUAUUAAUUUCUUCGACAAUGGAUUCAUUUGAUUUAUUCCGACAAUUAACUAAAGGUGCUCACUUUAAGAAAAGAAAGGUUGAUAAACAUAAUUCAUUGAAUGUAAAAGUUGAACCUGAAUUAAAUAUUAAAAAAGAAGAAGUAGUCUCUGACAAUGAUGAGAACCCUCCAAUUGUUGAAGACGAACCAAUGGAACUUUUGAAAGGCUCAACUUUCUCAGUUACAAAGAAGAAAAAGUCUUCUUCGUUGACGUUGGAAGAAAAGCAGCGAAUUAAAGAGGAAGAACAGAUUAUCAACUUGCGAAAGGAGAAUAAGAUCUCGGUCAUUGGUAAAAAUAUUCCACCGCCAAUAACUGCCUUCGAAGAUCUUCAAACUCUUUACAAUGUUUCGCCAAAACUUGUCAACAAUUUGGCAGCUUGUAAAUAUCCAACUCCAACGCCUAUUCAAAUGCAAUCUAUGCCCAUUAUGUUAAAGGGUCGCCCUCUUAUGGCUUGUGCUCCAACUGGAUCUGGAAAAACAAUAGCUUUUCUAACCCCAAUCAUCAAUGAUCUUAAAGGUCCAAAGAAAGACGGCUUUCGGGCUCUCAUAUUGGCACCAACUCGUGAGCUUUCUCAACAAAUUUAUCGCGAAUGUUUGAGACUCUCGGAGGGAACUGCUUUAAAAAUACACGUUAUAAGUAAAGUCAGUCAAGCUGAACAGAAAUUUGGCCCAAAGAGUAGUAAAAAAUACGACAUCUUAAUAUCAACUCCGAAUAGAGUACGUUAUUUGUUGCAACAGGAACCGCCUGUUUUGGAUCUAAAAAACAUUGAAUGGUUUGUUAUUGAUGAAGCUGAUAAAAUGUUAGAAGAAGGUCAAAAUAGUUUUAAAGAACAAUUUGAUGAUAUUCUUACUGCGUGUACAAGUGAAAAGAAGAAACUAGCAUUAUUUAGUGCUACCUAUACAGUUCCAGUUUCGAAAUGGGCUUUGAAGAAUUUGAAGGGAUUGGUGCGAGUUACAAUUGGUCAGCAAAAUGCUGCGACUGAAUUAGUUAAUCAAGAAUUGCUUUUUGUUGGAUCUGAAUCUGGGAAAUUGAUUGCAAUAAGAGACCUUGUGCGAGAGGGAUUGAAGCCACCAGUACUUAUAUUUGUGCAGAGUAAGGAUCGAGCUAAGCAACUUUUUGAAGAAUUACUCUAUGAUGGAAUCAAUGUAGAUGUCAUUCAUGCAGAUAGAACUCAGCAACAGCGAGAUAAUGUUGUGCGAGCAUUUCGCGAAGGACAUAUUUGGGUACUCAUUUGUACAGAACUUAUGGGUCGUGGUAUUGAUUUCAAAGGUGUCAAUUUGGUCAUAAACUAUGAUUUCCCACCAACGACAAUUUCAUAUAUUCAUCGAAUUGGUCGAACAGGAAGAGCUGGCCGACCAGGACAUGCAAUAACAUUUUUCACACAAAAUGACACAACUAAUCUAAGAGGCAUUGCUCAAAUAAUUAAAAAUUCUGGUGGAACUGUUCCCGAUUAUAUGCUAAAGCUGAAAAAGACCAAAAAAUCCGAAAAGAAAAAACUCGCCAGCAGUGCACCCCGUCGUGAUGUCAUAUCGACAGAUCCAAAGUUUGAAGCACGCAGAAAAAGUAAACUAAAGAAAGUAGGUCAAUUUGUUAAAAUUAACUCCAAAUCAGAUGAAAAAUCAAGUAAAAAGAAUUCAAAUAAAAAGAAAACAAAAAUUAUAAAAAAUAUUCUCAACGAAGAAUAUUUACCCACAAAAACAAAAUCAAACAAAAAGAAGAAUAAAAAUAAAACAAAGUGA